CCGCGCAUGCGCCGGGGCCGGGCCGGGCCGGGGGCGUGCGCUCUGAGAGCUGAAUGUCCGGGCUGCGGGCGCUCCUGGGGCUCGGGCUGCUGGUUGCGGGCUCGCGCCUAUCGCUCCUCAAAGUCCAGGCCGGCGCCUGUCGCGCAGGAGCCACCUGGUGGGGGCCGCAGCGGCUGAUCUCGGGUGGCCGCGGGGACUCAGAGGUCAUGGCGAGCUCAGCAGUGAAGUACCUGAGCCAGGAGGAGGCCCAGGCCGUGGACCAGGAGCUGUUUAACGAGUACCAGUUCAGCGUGGACCAACUUAUGGAGCUGGCCGGGCUGAGCUGUGCCACAGCCAUUGCCAAGGCAUAUCCCCCCACGUCCUUGUCCAGGAGCCCCCCUACUGUCCUGGUCAUCUGUGGCCCCGGGAAUAAUGGAGGAGAUGGCCUGGUCUGUGCUAGACACCUCAAACUCUUUGGCUACCAGCCAACCAUCUAUUAUCCUAAAAGGCCUAACAAGCCACUCUUCACUGCACUGGUGACCCAGUGCCAGAAAAUGGACAUCCCUUUCCUUGAUGAAAUGCCCCCAGAGCCCAUGCUGAUUGAUGAACUAUACGAGCUGGUGGUGGAUGCCAUCUUUGGCUUCAGCUUCAAGGGUGAUGUUCGGGAGCCAUUCCGCAGCAUCCUGAGUGUCCUGAGUGGACUCACUGUGCCCAUUGCCAGCAUCGACAUUCCCUCAGGAUGGGAUGUGGAGAAGGGAAACUCUGGAGGGAUCCAGCCAGACUUGCUCAUCUCCCUGACAGCACCCAAAAAGUCUGCAACCCAGUUUACUGGUCGCUACCACUACCUGGGGGGUCGUUUCGUGCCUCCUGCUCUGGAAAAGAAGUACCAGCUAAACCUGCCACCCUACCCUGACACAGAGUGUGUCUAUCGUCUGCAGUGAGGGAAGGUGGGCGGGCAUUCUUCCCAAUAGAUUUAGUUCCUCUCUC